AACGUUAACAGUUAUCUUAGGAAGGCAAUUUAAAGCUGCCCGAAUAAUUCUUGGGGACUACAUGGAGAUGGAGAUGAAGACGGAGAUGGAGCACCGCGAAAUGUGGAAAAUUCGAGAUAUUGUAUAAUCUCCAGAUCACAGAGCCUCACGGGAGAGGGAGAGAGAGAGAGUGGCAUAUUCCUCCAGAAAAACAAUGUCUUGUGUCUCUAGCCUCUUCCGAUUGGAACCCUCUUCGAACAUGCGCGACACAAAAAGAGAUGAUGUCGAAAGAUCCUGAUAAACUCCCAUAACAAAAGACUAUUUUCUCUUUUUUCUCCUUUUGGCUCCAACACUAUAAAAACCGCUUCUUUCUUCUGUGAUUUACACGAGACUGUAUCGCGGUUCGUUCUUUCUUCUUCCUCCUCUUCUUCUUCUUCUUCUUUGCUCUGUUCCUCUCUGUAAACGUUGAAAAGAAAAGAAAAGAACAAGGAAUGGCUCUGAAAGCAGUUCACGUCUCCGACGUUCCGAGCCUCGAUAGAGUCCCGGAGACCGCCGCAUUAGACCUCUCUUCCCAGUCCCGCUUCCUUCGAGAAGCGAACAAGGUGGACGAUGAGCCGAAGAAGAUGUUGGUGAUCGGACACAGAGGAAGCGGGAUGAACGUGGUGCAAUCGAGCGAUGGGAGGAUGCGAGCCAUCAGAGAGAACUCGAUCCGCUCUUUCAACGCCGCCGCCGCUUUCCCCGUCGACUUCGUCGAAUUCGACGUUCAGGUGACCAAAGAUGACUGCCCAGUCAUUUUCCAUGACAACUUCAUCCUCUCCGAACUCAAGGGAGGGAUAAUUGAGAAAAGGGUCACGGACCUCAACUUAGACGAAUUUCUCUCAUACGGACCACAAGAUUCGCCUGAAGAGGUAGGAAAGCCUCUCUUUAGGAAAACCAAGGAUGGGAGGAUUUUCGAGUGGAAGGUUGAGAAUGAUGCUCCUCUAUGCACCUUGCAAGAAGCAUUCAAGAAAGUCGAUCCCUUGAUUGGCUUCAACAUCGAAUUGAAGUUUGACGAUCAGAUUGAGUACAAAGAAGAAGAACUCACCUGCGUUCUUCAAGUUAUUCUCAAGGUAGUAAGCAAUUAUGCCAAGGACAGGCCUAUUCUGUUCUCAAGUUUCCAACCUGAUGCAGCCAUUUUGAUCAGGAAGCUGCAAAGCACUUACCCGGUAUUCUUCCUCACUAAUGGAGGAACCGAAAUUUACAAGGACGUGAGAAGGAACUCGUUGGACGAGGCAAUAAAGGUAUGUUUAGCUGGUGGACUGCAAGGUAUCGUGUCCCAAGUAAAAGCCAUCUUCAGAAAUCCCUGUGCCAUCAACAGAAUCAAGGAGUCCAGUCUCUCCCUAAUCACCUACGGCCAGCUUAAUAACGUUGCCGAGGUCGUGUACAUGCAAUAUCUGAUGGGAAUUGAAGGAGUGAUCGUCGAUUUCAUUCCAGAGAUCACAGAGGCCAUCUCAGACAUCAUGGGUCCUGCCAAGGAGGGGAAGGGAGAGACGGCUUCAGUUGAGGAGGCCAAAGCCAAGCCCCACUUUUCGCAGCACGAACUCUCUUUCCUGCUGAAGCUUAUACCAGAGUUGAUAAAGUCCUGAAGGGUCUGUAAAGUAUUGAGAAAGAACCGACUUCUGUGAUACCCGUCUGAACAUUUCAGGAAGUCUAAAAGGCCCUCAAUGUGCUUUUAUCACCCCCAGGGCUCUGUUCUUGGAGAACAGGGGCCAUGUUAGUGUACAGAUCAGUUCUCACAACCCACCAAGACUUUGUUUCACUAAGCUCUUCCCUCUAAUAUCAUGUUGCUUGGUUGUACUCUUAAACCCAAGUCCUCUUGCGCGAAAUGCUAUGGUAUGUACUUGGCACUUUGUCCUUGACAAAUUCCUCAACGUUAUUACUUAGUUUGUAGCCAA